CUUUGCAGCGAUCGUUCGUUUUGUUUUGGCUCAAAUUUCUUUGCGCCGCUAGUUCGCCGUACCUCGAAGCGAUCGUGUCAGUUUACACGCAACCAUCCAGUGGGAAAGUCACAAACCGUAAAACGGUGUUGGUCAGCGAUCGGGAGAAGAAACGAAACGUGUGUUCUGGAGGUGAUCAACCCUUGAUCACAGUACUAGAAAGCAUGGCUUUGGCAAGUGAAAAGGAAAGUUCGAAGAGUGAUGUGCAGAAUCGGAAUAAAACCUCAGCAGCAAAGCAUAAAGAAAGUGAUGUUACAUCAGGGAUCAAGAAACCUGAUCUGAGCUGGUGGAUCGUGUUUGGAGCGAUACUGGCGCUAACACUGGGAACACGAUUCUACAAUGUGACGGUGCCGGAUCAUGUUUGCUGGGACGAAACCCAUUUCGGUAAAAUGGGCAGCUGGUACAUUAAUCGGACGUUUUUCUUCGACGUUCAUCCACCGCUGGGCAAAAUGUUGAUCGGAUUGUCUGGAUACCUGACCGGGUAUGACGGGAAGUAUCCGUUCGAUAAGCCGGGUGACAAGUACAAUGGGACGCACUACGAGGGCAUGAGAAUCUUCUGUACCGCUAUGGGUGCGGCCAUCGUUCCGAUGUCCUUCCAUACCGUUUGGGACAUGACUGGAUCGCUGACGGCGUCUGCUUUCGGUGCCGCUUACAUCCUGUUCGACAUCGGCAUGCUCAUCUUGAACCGAUACAUACUGCUGGAUCCUCCUUUGAUAUUUUUCAUGACCGCAUCCGUAAUGGGCAUGGCACGUGUCACAAAACUCACCCGGAACCAAGAGAGCUUCACACGGAGUUGGUGGACCUGGUUGUGCUUCACGGGAGCAAUGCUAGCCUGUACCAUCAGUGUAAAGUUUGUGGGGCUGUUCGUUGUGAUGUUAGUUGGACUCCAUACCGCUAGUGAUCUGUGGGAUGUUCUCGGAGAUUUGACCAAACCGAUCUCCUACACUGUAAAGCAAUUGGUAGCUCGAGCCGUUACGCUUAUAAUUUUGCCGAUUAUCCUGUAUGCGACAUUUUUCUAUAUUCAUCUAAACGUGUUGAACCACAGUGGAAGUGGAGACGGAUUCUAUAGUUCUGGCUUCCAAUCAAACCUGGUUGGAAAUUCACUGUAUAACGUCUCAAUGCCCAGAGAAGUAGCUUACGGAGCAGUUGUUACGUUGAAAAAUCAUAAAACUGGAGGUGGCUAUCUACACUCGCACAACCACCUUUAUCCAAAGGGUUUCGGCGCCAAACAGCAACAGGUGACGACCUACAGUCACAAGGACGAAAACAACAAGUGGUUGAUAAAGCCCUACAACAAGCAAACGGUGGAUAAUGUAACCCUGGUAAAGCACGGAGAUUUGAUUCGAUUCGAACAUAUCCAAACCAAACGGAACUUGCACUCGCAUCGGGAACAAGCUCCUGUUACGAAAAAGCACAUGCAAGUCACGUGCUACGGAGAGGAGGGACAAGGUGAUAGUAAUGAUGUCUGGCAGGUGCAGAUAAUUGGCGGCAAGGAUGGUGAUAUAGUUGAAACCGUGACGAGUCGUUUGAUAUUCUACCACUACAUUGAACGGUGCGUUCUGACGACAACGGCUAAGCAGUUGCCGAAAUGGGGAUUCGAACAGCAGGAAGUAACUUGCAAUCCAAACAUCCGGGAUAGGAGUGCCGUUUGGAAUGUGGAAGAUAAUCAAUUUGAUAAAUUACCCAGCGUCAACUUCCAAGUCUAUGCACCAGGAUUCAUCAGUCGUUUCUUCGAAUCACAUGCAGUGAUGCUUCAGGGAAAUUCCGGUUUGAAACCAAAGGAAGGUGAAGUAACCAGCCGACCAUGGCAAUGGCCCAUUAAUUAUCGGGGCCAGUUCUUUUCCGGAUCGGAUCAUCGCGUUUAUUUGCUGGGUAAUCCUAUAAUUUGGUGGAGCAAUUUAGUAUUUUUAGGACUGUUUAUUAUCGUCUUCUUGGUUGAGGUCAUAAAAUACCAAAGAAAUCUAGGAUCUCAACAAAGUGGACAAACAACUAGUACUGUAGAAGAAUUCAAAUGGCGUUCACUGAGGGCAUCGGCAUGGCUUUUCGGAGGAUGGCUACUGCAUUACUUGCCGUUCUAUGCAAUGGGACGAGUUCUCUACUUCCAUCACUACUUCCCGGCUCUGGUAUUCAACUCAAUGCUUGCAGGUGUGAUGCUGGACUACCUCACGGUGAAGCUCCCAAGUUGGCUGCGCCAUACGAUUCUGGGGGUGGCAUUGGCUGCUCUAGUUUAUAGCUUUGCACUGUUCUCACCCUUGGCGUACGGAAUGAAUGGACCGUUUUCGCACGAACCCAACUCAACGCUGUCCGGGCUCAAGUGGAUGGAUACGUGGGAGUUUUGAAGCGCACGCCGCAAGCUCUUGCCAGCUGGACCGACCGACCGUACUGGAGAUUUUAUUUUCUUGAUUCGUUAGUUUAUUUUUAUUCCGCUCAUGUUUGCGCUCGGGAACGGAUGCAAUGAUUUGUUAAUACUUUUUGCAAGAAUGAGGAAUUUUAUCCUGUAGGUUUAGCUUCCAGUGAAGAUAUCUACCGUAAAUGAAGAAAUACUCAAGGAACAUCGAAUAAAUUAAAACACUGUUUUUGUUUUUGCGUC